AGAAGAAGACGGCUUCUAAGCUUCUUCUUCUUCCAUGGAGUUUUGAUUUUAUUUGGCACACUCUCUCUCUUGAUUUUUAUUUUAAAAAUAAAAAUUUAUCUGAUUAAAAAUUGUUCUGAGUGAAUCUAGGAAGCACUUUUUAUUCUCUUCGCUUUUUAAUUAUUAUUAUUAUUGUUUCAUUUUUCGAUAAAUUGACGACGAUUUAGGGGGGGAUAGAUAUAUUUUUUUCUCUGUUCAAAAUUGCGAUCAGACGAUGAUGAUGAUGAUGUGGGUCUAAUAGAGUUGCAGUGUGGUCAGUUUACUAGUUGUGGAGGAGAUGCAAAUCUGCGAUAUCAGACGGGUUUGUUCGCAAUGAGAGAUGCUGCCGAGGGUUCAUCAUCAUACCCAAGAUACGAGAAAGAUUUCUUGAAACAAACGAUACUUGAACACGAGGCUGUUUUUAAGAAUCAGGUGCAUGAACUCCAUCGUUUGUAUGGUGUACAAAGGAAUUUAGUGGAUGAAGUAAAAGGAAAGAACUUGAAUGAAGCUAUGAACGUUGGUGAUCAUACAUCUGUUAAUGCAACUAAAAGGAUGUUACCCUCUGGAUUUCUCUUACCAAACUCUACUACAUAUGGAGAAGGAAGCAGCUCCCAAGCUUCCAACGGUCGUUUGCAAAAUGGUGACGGGUUACAUGUUAGAGAAUCGAAACUCAGGAGAAGAAUGAUUGAUCUUCAACUCCCAGCCGAUGAGUAUCUUCGUACUGAUGAAACUACUAGUGAUACCGCUGAGAAUACUACUAUCUGCCAUCCAUUCCUGCAGUCACAAUCAGGAAGAGGGGAGGCUUCUCAUCCUAACUAUCCUUCAGGAUCUCGCUUGGAUGGGAAGUAUGUUAAUGGCUUAGCUGACUUGAAUGAGCCACUCAAAUGGCAAGAUGCACAACCUUUUGCUCCGUCAAGGGAUAUGUAUUCUCAUUAUGGAAGAAACAAUGCUGAUGUUCGGGGUCAGUGGUUGGAGAAAAACCAUAGUCAAAAUGGAUGGAUGGUCCUUCAAGCAGGGCACGAUAGAAGCACUCAGAGAGAUCAGUUGCAUCUGCCUUCCUAUUCUGGACAAGUACUUUCUAACAAUGCAUUUCAACCUCAGAGCUAUCCUACAGCUGAUCAUGGCAAGGCAAAAUUCUACGGCGAAAGAGCAUAUCGCGAGCUUGAGGUUCGCUCAAAGACUCCUCAAGUUUCUUAUGAUAGCUACGCGGAAUCAAGUGUGGCAUCUACUGCUCCAAGAUUACACAAUGACUACCGCCCUGACUUUGUCAGACCAAUGACCCAUUGGUCUUCUUCAUGGGAGAACCCUAUGAGCAGCAGCUCGCAUCACAAGUCUUACCCAGUUCAAACAAAUCCCUUCAUGCAUUUCGACCCACAUGCAAGAGCAGAUUCGAGUUUGGAGACUAGAAGCCGUGUUUCUAAUGGGCUUUAUCAAGGAUUAUCUUCAGGGUCUAAGCAGUCUAUCUUUAAUUUCCCAUCAACCGGCUUUAAACCAAAUGCUUCUCUAGGCGAGGUAGCGAAGAGCCAGAGUUUUGCAAGCCUCCAAGGGCCAAGAAAGCAGGAACGCUCAGCUGGGUUGCCCUGGCUAAAACCGAAGCCAGCUUACAAAAGUAAUAUAUCCAAUGGCUGCUUUGAUUUGAAUGCUUCGACAAAUCAAUUCAUGGAUGGAACUGAGACAGGCGGGCACCUGACUACUGCUUUUCCUCAGAAUGGUUUGCGGUCUGCUUCAUACUCUAAUAAUGCGAACAUGGGAAGAGUUGAAAUGAUCAAGUCUCAGAGUAGUACAAAAGUUAUUGGAGGACCAAUUUUUGAGAAGCAAUUUAUUUGCAAGCAGGAGGGGCAUAUGCCCCUUAUCUCUCAUUCCUCGUGUAUUGCUGAUCAACACAAGGAAGUGAAUCACUUGGUAAAGCGAGACCUCGAUAUCAACAUGCCAUGGGAUGCCUCGGUUUCUGUUGACCAGCGUGGUGCGAAAGCCGUUUGUGUAGACAAGAAAGAAGGGAGCAAAGCUGCCAAAUCCAGACACUACAUUGAUCUGAAUUCAUGUGCUAGUGAGGAUGAUGCAGUUGCCGGCUUGCGUUCCAGUCUGAGAGUGAAAAAAAAGGGAAGAACUUGGAUAGAUUUGGAAGCUCCCCCUACUCUCGAGAGUGAAGAAGAAGGAGAUAGCUCGCAGGAGAAAACAAAAGAAGAAACUUGGGGAUCGAUGCAAGGCCAAGACAGAAAUUCUGUGGAUGAACUCAUCAAGGUAGCAGCAGAAGCAAUGAUUGCCAUCUCAUUGUCUGAUCACCAACGCCAUCCCGAUGACGCAGCUUCCUCUUCAACUGAUCCGACUGCGGAAAGCCGGCUCUCUUGGUUUGCAGACAUAAUCAUUUCUUGCGAUGAGGAGUUAAAAAGAAAGGGCGAUGGUUCUCCAGAAGCCACAGACUUUGAGGGUUACCGGGAAGAAUAUUCUUCUGGGGAGAUUGAUUACUUUGAAGCCAUGACCCUGAAUCUACAGGAGAUGAAGGAAGAAGAAUACAUGCCAAAGCCAUUAAUCCCUGCGCAUCUGAAAUUCGAAGGGACAGGUAUCAACCGGCCUAGAAGAGGACAAGCAAGACGAGGAAGACCAAAGAGGGAUUUCCAGAGGGAUAUUCUCCCCGGACUCCCUUCUCUAUCAAGGCACGAAGUAACUGAAGACAUGCAAAUUUUUGGGGAGCUUAUGAAAAACACAGAUUUCACCUGGAAUUCUGGAUUGGCUGCUCGAAGGAACUCAAAAAGAAAACGACUGGUCACUAACACAAGCCAAGCUCCAGUUUGCCAGUCAACGGCGCAGCCAAUGGAUGAGAGCGUAUCAGUGGUGGGACUCGAAGAAGGGAAGCUCACAGGAUGGGGACAAGCAACAAGAAGACCGAGGAGACAAAGGUGCCCUCCUGCAGGUAAUCCCGCAACCGUGAUGUUAACAUGAUAGUUUCAGGAAAUAAUAAUCGGAAUUUGGCAAACUUUAAAACUCUAUAGAGGGGGGUAUAAAACAGAGAGAUUAUAACAAUCAUUUAUACAGUAGACUGAUGUUGUUAAAUUGGUCUCACCUAUUGUUUUGGGUGAUUUGUGUCUUUUUAUUUUAUUUUUUUUGUAUAUCGUUGUCUUCUGUAAGAUGGACGAAACAUGAUUUGCUUUGUAUUAUAGCCUGGUUGGUUGGUUAUAAAACAGAUAGAUUUCUUUCUUCA